GUCCCCAUUCUGUCCCACAGGUUGUUUUUGCCUCCUGUACCAGGACUCCUGGUGAGCUGUAAAGAAAACCUGUCAGGAUUCCCUGAGUGACACCAAGACCCAGCAGCUGCCAUGGGCUCCCCAGAGAGAAGAGGCUUCAUUGAGUCUGUGGUUGAGUACGUCUGGGGCAAAAGGAGCAUGAAGGACCUGAAACUCCAGGUUGUGAAAGUAGCAGCUUCGUUCACUUCCUCUCCAAUUAUUUUGAUGUUGAUUGUCGGCUUGCUGUGUAUGACGUAUAUUACAUAUAGGAAAAAGAACGAUGAACAGAACAGAAGACUUUUAAGCGUUUAUCUUCAGAUGAAACCGGAGCUUGAGCAGCAGAUCAGGAAGUUGCACGCCCUUGCAGACCAGAUUGACAAGGUGCAUAAAGGCUGCACAAUCACACAAGUGGUGGCCAAAUCUGCCAAUGCUGUGUCCGGAGUCCUGACCAUCCUUGGUCUCGCUCUGGCACCCGUGGCACCAGGAGUGAGUCUGGGACUUUCAGCCACAGGCUUGGGACUGGCGGUGGCAGCAAGAGUAACUAGUGAUUCUACAAGCCUUGUGGAAAAGAUCAGCACAGAGUUUGCGGAAGCUGAAGCCAGCCAGCAGGUGCCAACCAGCAAAGACACAGGGAAGACCAUUAAGAAAAUUUUGGAGAAGAACAUAGACAAGCUUAUUUCCAUAUAUAAGAAUUCCUUCCACAAAAUGAAAGACGUGAAGAAGUACAUUGAUGCCAUCAAACUGACCAAAGCUGACUCUCCCCAAGAAACUAAUACGAACUGUCACAUGACCACAGAAGGGGUGUCAGCUGGAAACACUAAACAGGAAGAGAAUCCCUUUAGAGGCACUACUCUGGCAAUGUCCAAAGGAGAACGGAUCACAGGUGCAGUCAGUGCAGGUCUCUACCUUGUGCUGGAUGUGGUCAGCCUUAUACAAGAGUCAAAGCAUUUGCAGGAGGGUGCGAAGACAGAGUCCGCUGCAGAGCUAAGGCAGAAGGCUCAGCACCUGGAGCAGAGGUUGCAGGAGCUCAUCCAGGUCAUUGACAGCCUGACUCAGUGACCUCUUCUUCAGUGCAGCUCAGAGGAUUGGGCAUGGGGGAUGCUCUAGACACCUACUGAUAGCCCCUGUCUGUAUCCCCUCUACAGCAAUGUCACCAUGGUGGAAGUGCCUGCUAGAUGGGGAGGCCACAUUAAGAGAAAGGAAGCCAGAAAACAGAUGGGACAGGCCUGGGACCUCCGAAUAGACUCCACUUCUUAGCUCCAACAACUUCCCAAUAUCCCACAUGAGGACCAAGCUCCCAAGCUGCAGAGCACAUCCAAGGCAUGAUCCAACUUAGUCACAGCAUGGCUGCUCCUCAGUCAUGCCCACCACACUGCUCCUAGCUGAGGCUCACCAUCCUCACUGUCCUCUGAGCUGCCAACAUUCAUACUGCUUUCUGAUUGGUUGCAUAGAGGCCUUAUUCUCCUUCCUAGAUCUGCCUACUUCUCUGUUUUUCCAAGUAUUUCCAAAUUCUGCAAUUAGCCUCUGGAAAGAGCACCAUUUCUGUUUUCAUGAUUUGGGUCACGUGGAGUGAUGGGUCUUUCGGGGAAAUACUCAGAGAGUUGAAAGGAACAGACCCUGGGAAUAUCAUCUGCAAGGUAUUUACAAGUUCUUGGUCCUAGUGCCAGCCAUGUAUCCUACAAGGAAAUAGAUGAGAUAGGGUUGGCUGGUCAGUUCUGCUCUCUGCUACCAGAUUCUGGGGAAAUCACAUGGUUUAAUUCCUAUUGACGUUUAAAAUCUGCUGUGAUGCAUGUGAAAGACUACACUUGGUCCAUAGCGUUUGAAGAAUAAAUUUCUAAACACUGGCUUAGUCA